AUGGCUUCCCUCACCCCAUUCCCCGCAGCCUCAGGCUCCCAAACUAGAAUCCAACGACAACAACAACAACAACAACAACAACAACAACAACUCCCUUCAGGAGGACUUUGUGCUCUUUCCAGCAACACCCGCGCCCGUGCCAACGACAACGCCUUCGCGCGCGUCUGGUCCAGCAAUUACAACCCAUAA